UCGAGAAGAAGAAACAGCGUUGCCAUCUUGUUCCGCUAGCGUUAUCUUCAGUGAGUGUGUAUCGCUCAACAACAGCACACUUUAUAGUGGACAGCAGCAGGUAUUAAGUAAAAAUAUACAACGUCUGACUUUGGAUAUUCUCAGAAGGACGCGUGUAUCUAGUGAAUAGUAGGAGUUAUGCGAAUCGGAUAAAAAUAUCUCAUACUGUUACUCUGAACGCGAAGACCCGCGUUUGAACAGGCCCAAAUAACUCAAGCUUUAUCAAAUGAUGUCUUCGUCACAUACAAUUGUAAAGAUGGACUUUAUAAAAGAGGAGAGUGAAGAAAUGACGAUUCCAGAGCCAUGGCGAGUGAAAAUUGAGCAAACAGAUGAACAAGGAGGGCUGACAGAAGUGAAAGAGGAAAGUGAAGAACAGAAUGUGGACGAGAAACAUCAGGAUGAGGAACCUCAGAUUGUCCUUACUGGGCAGCAGGUUUUAAGUUGCUCUGAGUCUGGGAGAAGGUUUGGGCACAAAAGAGCUCAUAGAAGUGGAUUUUUCUUCUCCUGUCUUGAAUGUAAAAGGAAUUUUGAGUCUAAAGAGCACCUGAUGGAUCACUUCCGAACUCACUCUGGAGAAAAUUGCUCAGAGACCACAACAAACGUGUUUCCAGUGCGAACUGGAGCUCAAAAAUCGGUCAAUAUGCCCUUCUCCUGCCAACAGUGUCAGAAAUGUUUUUUGUGUAAGGAGCACCUGAUGGAGCACUACAGACUUCACACUGUAGACAAACCUUUCCCAUGUGAUCAGUGUGGGAAGAGUUUCAUUCAUAAGCAAAGCCUUAAGAAUCACUUAAGAGUUCACACGGGCUUGAGGCCCUACGUAUGCCAGCUGUGCGGGAAGAGUUACAUACAUAAAGAUAAUCUUACCGAUCACAUGAGGAUUCACACUGGAGAGAAGCCUUUUGCAUGUGAUCAGUGUGGAAAGAGUUUCACACACAAAGGAAGCCUUCUGCAUCACAUGAAAAUUCACACCGGACUGAAGCCUUUCACUUGCCGUCAGUGUGGAAGGCAUUUCACACACAAAGGAAACCUAAAGAUUCAUAUAAGACUUCACACCGGAGAGAGACCUUUCACAUGCCCUCAAUGCGGGAAGAGUUUCAUCUAUCAUGGAAACCUAGUAGGUCACAUGAAAAAGCAUUCAGGAGAGAAACUAUACCACUGUUCUCAGUGUGGAAAGAGUUUCAUUGAGGCUCGACAUCUCCAGAAGCACGAGAAAACUCAUGAAACCGUAAGGCCCUUUGUUUGUUCUGAGUGUGGCAGAGGUUUUCUAUGGCUCCACAAUUUUAAAGAGCACCAGAAAAUCCAUACCGGCGAGAAGCCUCACGUGUGCUUCGACUGCGGGAAAGCCUUUACGCGAAUCAUAUACUUGAAAAGGCACCAAAGAAUUCACACUGGCGAGAAACCUUACAAGUGCGCACAAUGUGGAAUGUGUUUCACGGUUUCUGAUUCCCUGAAAGCCCACGAGCGAGUGCACACCGGAGAGAAGCCGUACAAGUGCCCGUCAUGCGAGAAGUGUUUCGGCCGCUUAAGUACUCUGCUGACUCAUAAGAAAAAGCAUUGUCCAAAUUUGCCGAAGUAAAGGUUGUGAUUUGUUUGCAGGGAUG